UUGAUUUAAAAUGAAAUUAGAUUUGCCAAUCCCUCAGAUUUUAAUAAAUCCCUUGAAACGACGUCGUGACAAGGAAGAGAGAGAGAGAGUCACGGCAUACAACACAAGCAGAGAAAGAGAAUCAUAAGCAAAGAAUCACAGAGAGAGAGAGAGAGAGAGAGAGUUUGAUAAAAAUGUUGCGAUCACUGAUUCAGAAAUCCCCUUCUUCAAUAUUCCACCUCAAUUUCAACUUGAGGUCACUUCGGAGCAGAGUUAUGAACACACAAUCAUUCUCCUCCACCGUGUCACCGCCGUCGAAGGCAAUCGUAUACGAAACGCACGGCCAACCCGACGCGGUGACGAAACUUGUGCACAUUCCGGGUACGGAAGUGAAAGAGAAUGAUGUGUGCGUGAAGAUGCUGGCAGCUCCAAUAAACCCUUCUGAUGUGAAUAGGAUACAAGGCAUUUAUCCCGUGAGGCCAGAACCACCUGCAGUUGGUGGUUAUGAAGGUGUUGGAGAGGUUUACUCCGUUGGCUCCGCUGUAACUUCUUUCUCUCCUGGCGAUUGGGUUAUUCCCUCUCCACCUUCUUUCGGUACGUGGCAAACAUACAUUGUGAAGAAUCAGAAUGUUUGGCACAAAGUAAACAAGGGUGUGCCUAUGGAAUAUGCUGCUACAAUUACUGUUAAUCCUCUCACUGCUCUUCUCAUGCUUGAAGACUGCGUUACUUUGAACUCAGGAGAUGCUAUUGUGCAGAAUGGGGCAACCAGCAUGGUUGGUCAGUGUGUCAUUCAGCUGGCAAAGUCUCGUGGCAUUCACAACAUCAAUAUUAUCAGAGACAGGCCUGGGGUUAAUGAAGUAAAAGAAAGACUUAAGGAUUUGGGUGCUGAUGAAGUUUUCACUGAGAAUGAAUUGGAAGUGAAGAAUGUCAAGAGUCUCCUGGGUGGUAUACCGGAACCUGCACUGGGGUUUAACUGUGUUGGUGGCAAUUCUGCUUCUCUGGUUCUCAAAUUUUUAAGACAUGGAGGAACAAUGGUGACAUAUGGUGGAAUGUCUAAAAAACCUGUCACAGUAUCAACUUCAUCCUUCAUAUUUAAGGAUAUUUCUUUGAGGGGUUUCUGGUUGCAGAAGUGGUUGGGCACAGAUAAAGCUGAAGAGAGCAGAAGAAUGAUAGACAGGCUUUUGGGUCUUGUACAAGAUGGAAAGUUAAAAUACAAGAUGGAAUUGACUCCUUUUCACGAUUUCAACACAGCAUUGGAUAAAUCUCUAGGAAAACUUGGGAGCCAACCAAAGCAAGUGAUCAAAUUCUAAUUCAGAACGUUGGAUUGGAUUUAAGGCUUGUGGUUAAUAUUACUUUCUUCAAGGAAGGAGUUCUGCAUUUUAAAUGCCAUUUCUAACUCGCCGUGUCUGAAGUAUACAUCUUGUAGGAAUCCCAUGUGUAUGAUAAAGAAUACUGAAAAUACCCUUUACUUAUCUAAAAAUUACUUGUAAUAACUUCUCAAAACAAUUAGGAAUACAUUUUUUUGAGAGAAAGGGAAACAGUCUUAAUCUCAGUUUACCAUUUUUGUCACCGA